UUUACUACAGACAGAAAAUCACAACACUGUGUCAUAUAAAAGAAACAAGGCAUAGGACGUGAAUGACGGAUUUCAUUCCUGGAGGUAAACCAUGUCAGCGGAAAACACUACGAGGAAGCCUUCAGCGAACAAGAAUAUUAAAAAGCUGCGUGCCAUAAGCAUGGUGUGCAGCUUAACGCAUAGCUGGCAGCAGUGGGUUAGCGAUAAUGAGGAGAAGCAGGCCUGCGAACCAAGCGGUUGGGCCCCAGGAUGCCCUGAAGACCCCAAAGAUGCAAUUAAAGAAGCGGCCAAGAACCGUCUCUCUCAGAAGUCUCUUUUAAGUCAGGACCCUACAAAGAGCAAAGGUGACGGGGUGGCCCCAGGAGAGUCCCUUAUCAGAACAGCACAGGUGAUCAAAACAGUGACCAGAGAUGUCCAAGAGAGAAGCACAGGUAUUGAGUUUUUGACCAAACGCAUCUGUAAGGACCCUGCCACAGAUGAACUGGACAAGAUGUUGAGCAAGAAAGGGUCGCCCACCUGCCGGAGGAUGUGCUCCAAUAUGGUUUCAGAGCUGAUGCAAGGGUGGAAGGAAAUAGAGAAGGAGAAAAUGCAGGCUGAGGAGGGAAAUGUUGAUAAUGAGUUUGCAGAAGAAAGAGACCUGCAGCUAGGAACCAGCCAGGAAAAUGAUCAAACAAAUGAACAUACAGAAUCAUCUUCAAUCAGGAUAAAAAGAUCUACUUUGCUUGGGAGAAAGAAGGAUGUGGAGGAUGCCAACAAAAUAAACGCCAUGUCAAAGAAAUACAGCACCGUGGGCAACCUGAAAAACCGGUGGCAAAAUUGGGCCUCAGAGCAUUCCGUCAAUCAGAAGCUCAACCCCUUCAGCGAUGACUUUGAUUAUGAGUAUUCCAUGUCUACCCGUUUGCAGAAGGGUGAGGAAGGCUACGGGCGACCCAAAGAGGGCAGUAAGACAGCAGAAAGGGCCAAACGUGCCGAGGCACACAUCCACCGUGAGAUAGAUGACAUGUGCUUCGUUAUAAGGACUAUGGCGGAUCAGAAUCGAGAUGGACGCAUUAGAGUGACCUUUGGGGAACUGUUCGACAGAUAUGUGCGAAUCUCUGAUAAAGUCGUGGGAAUCCUGAUGAGGGCCAGGAAGCAUGGAAAGUUGGAAUUUGAGGGCAUGGGCGCUGUAAAGUGGUGGAAGGUUAGGACGAUUCUAAGGGCCCAGGCUGAUUUAGGGCCCAGAAGAGCAGACCCCCUUUUUAUUUUCCUAUUUGAAGGGGGCCCAGAAAUGUUGGUUUUCAUAGGGCCCCGAAUUUCUGGCGGCACCCCUGCUUUUAGGGUAUACCAACAAAGGAAUAUAACAUGGAGAAGCGAAGAAAUCAAAUAAGCAAUGCUUUAUUGAAAAUGAAAAUAAACAUUCGGGCCACCACCCGGCUGAGGAAGGGAUGAAUAACCAGAAAGCAGUCCGAGCGAAAAUGAAGAGUCAGACUCAGAGGUCAAACAGAUGGGAAAUCACCGGACGAGCGAAACCAGGGGACGGUUCAGGACUGAGGUCAUAGCCAAAGAGCAGUCCAGGAUGUCAUGCGAGGGGAAAUCCGUAACGGUUACGUAACCUGACGGGUAACCUAAAGCCAAAAUAAAGAAAGCGAAUAAAUAGACUGAAAUCUGGCGACAAGCGCAUGCGGAUUGCGAUCAGCUACGACAGAUCUGGAUGUGGACGAUUUCGAUUAUUCUAGCCGGUGGAGUGAGAAUGUCAGUUGAGGCUAAAGCACGCAUGCUGCUAUUAACACUUGACUUUCAUUUCCAGGUGCUUUUUUUAGCUGUUGCAUGGAUACCCAUGUUUACAUAGUCAUAGAAGAGAAGACAGCGACAUUGGAGGAAAAACCUACGACAUCAAAUCAAUGUACACAGACUUUCUCUGUGAGACAGGACUGUAGUCUAAGUCGUACAUUAUUUAACAUAUACAUGAAUGAAUUAGCUCGAGCUCUAGAACAGUCACCGGCACCAGGUCCUUACUAGAAACUGAAAUGAAAUGCCAUCUGUUUGCAGAUUAACUGGUGCUAGGGCUGGGAGGUAUGACCAAAAAUGUAUAUAACGGUGUUUUCCAGAUUUAUACCGGUUUUCCGGUACAUGGCGGUAUUUUUUUCUUCACAUUUUCCACUGAAGAAAAGAUAGUGCUGUUGAUUGACUUAAAAUGCCCUUUUAUACUUUCAUGGUAACAGUAUCUCCUAUCAUAACUGCAAAGUUUAGAAAUCUUUAACAAGUGAAUAGCAGGCAAAGGUAACUUGUAUACAUAAUAUUUAGGGAAAUAAAUAGAGACCAGGGCUUGAAAUGUACUUUUUUUCCUCUGAAGCACUGGUGCUCCCAACUUCAAGAGUUAGUAUCAUCCACCCAGAAAUUAAUAGUUUAAAACAAGAUGGUAACAAUUGUACCAUUAAAACAUGCAUGUGAUGUCUGUCAUGUUUUACAUAGUCACAAUAGAUUCAUGAUUUCCUGAAAUCAUAUUUUUUAACCAAAGGCUUCAAUAAGAUAUGUUAGAGGAAAGCGAUCGGAUCAUGCUGUCAAUCCUCCUAACUGACCCUUAUUUCACAUCCUAGCAUAUAGAGAAACAGUUCCAACUAAAAUCACAUCAUAUUAUAUGCUUAUAUUGAGCAGAUAUGAGGGGAACACGAUCGUUUUUAGAGCAUGUUUAUAUAGAAAAAUUAUGCUUUCUGUGUGACCGGUCACAGUGCAACAGUGAAAAGGGACCCCACUGAAAAAGUGUCGCGCCGCGUUCUGCACGUUCUUUAAGCGACAUACACCGGUA